UAAAAGAGCUGCAAAGUUAGUUGGGAGUCCAACAAGCAUCACACUUAAAACCCUCAAACUCCUUUUCCCCUCCCUCAAUCAAUCAUUCAGUCAACGACAAUGGCAUCCCCGAUCUCCUCCCUCAAAUACUCCGACGGCCUAACCGUCGUCGGAAUCUCCAUCUGCACCGCCAUCGUCUGCGAAGCCAUCUCCUACAUCCUAAUCUACCGCACCACCUCCUACAAAUCUCUCAAAUCCUCCAUCGACCGCGCCUCCAAGAAGCUCGAAACCAUGAAAACCGACUCCACCGCCACCACCGUCUCCAAAAAGUCCAAAACCAAAAAGAUCGAUCGCGUCGAAUCCUCCUUGAAAGAAUCCAGCAGAGAUUUAUCACUUUUCAAGCUCAAAUCCGGUGGAGUUGUUGCUCUUGUUCUCUUCGUUGUGUUCGGGUUUUUGAACAAUUUGUUUGAAGGUAAGGCGGUUGCGAAGCUGCCGUUUGUGCCGAUUAGGAUUGUUCAAAAGAUGAGUCAUAGAGGAUUGAGUGGAGAUGAUAUGACGGAUUGUUCUAUGGCGUUUUUGUAUUUUUUGUGUUCGAUUAGUAUUCGCACGAAUUUGCAGAAGUUUCUAGGGUUUUCGCCGCCUCGUGGAGCGGCUGGUGGUGGUGGUUUGUUUCAGAUGCCGGAUCCUGCUAAGACGAAUUGAUGAGGAGUGAGGUAUAGAUCUGUUUUUGUAUUUGUAUUUUAAUUAAUUUUAAUUAGCUGAUCUGUUGGAAAUCUGGGGGAAUAAUUAGAUGAUCUUGAUUGGUUUACACUAUGAGAUUUGAAACAUCAGUUGUUAAUUUUAUGAUAGACAUUUGCUAUUUGAAUUUGAAUUGAAUGUUUUAUAUUUGCAUGA